GGUUGCUGCUCGCCAUUCCGCAGCACGGUAAUCAAAGUACACUUGUUGAGAAAAAAACUUGUAGAGAGUGGCGUCCCUGCAGCCGCCGGCAAUGGAGGUGGUGGAGAAAGGCCGGGAGGCGACAACGGGCGUGGAAACCGGGACCGGCCAGCCAUGGGGCUGGAACUGGGACUGGGACUGGGAGUACCGCCUAAGGAAAUACCUUCUGCUGCUGGCCACGCUGGUGGUGACCGUGACGUACGCCGCGGGCUUCAACCCGCCGGGGGGCGUCUGGCAGGACACCCGUGACGGCCGACUUGCCGGCGACCCCAUCAUCCGCGCCACCCACUACCACUGGUUCCUCGCCUUCUACUACUGCAACGCCACCGCGUUCGCUGCGUCGCUCGUGGUCAUCGUUCUCAUUCUCGUCCUCGCAAUCCAGCACGACAAGGAGAAGGAGAAGGAGAAGGGGAAGGAGAAGGAGAAGGUGAAGGAGAAUGAGAAGGAGGAGAAGAGGGGGAAGAAGGUGUUCGGGCUGCUGGUGCUGCGGUUUGUCAUGGGGCUGGACCUGCUCAGCCUCAUGAGCGCCUACGGCGCCGGCACCUACCGCGACGUGCUCACCGCCGUCUUGUACUGCACGGUGUCGGCGGGCACUGUCUUGGUCUACGUCGUGGUUCUCAAUUGCUGCUUUCCUGGCAAAAAGUCCAAGUCCGUCUCCGGCAGGGCCAAAGGCAAAGAACGUCACUGCAAAAUCCUGAUGCUUCUCGCGACCUUCGCGGUGAGCGUCACGUACAUCGCCGGGCUUAGCACGCCGGGCGGCUUCUGGGACAGCACUGGCGGCAGCCACCACCCGGGCGACCCGAUUCUCAGGGACCGCCACGACCUGCGCCUGACGGUGUUCUUAUUCUGCAACACCACGGCGUUCGUGGCGUCCCUGUUCAUCACCAUGCAGCUCAUCAUCGACCGCAAGCUCCACGAGGAACAGGAGGUAGGCCUGCCUCGCAAGCAUGCGCUCUACGCCUGCAUCAUCAUCGCGCUGAUCGGCCUGGUCAGCGCGUACAUCGCCGGCAGCUGCAGGGACACCCGCACCACCGUCUCCGUGAUCAUUACCCUGUCCCUGGUUGGCGCUUGCAUCCUACUUGCUGUGCUUCUGAAAUGUCAUUCCUCAAAAUGUGUCAGCGGAGAGAGUGACGGUGUCGCAGGCGUGACAGAGGGUUCAACCACUCAGGUUGGGGUAGCAGGGGUGGUCGCCGGCGCAGGAGAAGAGGCGUGGGCUAGAGGGAUGGCCGGGGAUACGAGCGGACCAACGAAGGAGGUGGCUCUAACGGUCCAGCCAAAUUUGACUGAAAGUCAAAAAAGUUCCAUGCGACUCGAUUAUAGCAUUAGGUCCCAAGAAAUAGGGGAAAAUCAGCAGACUGAUAAUGUCAGUGAAUGCGAUUCUAGGGAGGCUGUGGACAAGGCUCGCUCUCUUGUUCUACUGCUCGCCUCUCUUGCUGCCACCAUCACCUACGCAGCCGGGCUGGACCCGCCGGGUGGCCUGUGGCAGGACAAUGGCGACGGGCACAUGGCCGGCGACCCGAUCCUUCUCACGACGAACGCUAGGCGGUACAAGACCUUCUACUACUGCAACUCGGCUGCCCUGGUGACCUCCUUGGUGGCCAUCAUCCUGGUCCAGAAUAAGCUUCUGCUCAAGCACCAUGUGUUGGAGGUAGCCAUGAUACUCGUCCUAUUUGGCCUCAUGGGUGCUUAUGCCGCCGGGAGCUGCCGGGACGUGGACACCUCCAUUUACGCCAUGGCCUUGGCAGGCGUGGUCCUUAUUUAUGUGGUGAUCCAUGUUAUCAUCUUCACGCUGGACCACAAGGACAAACAAGGCGACGAAGAGUUGCUGGAGAAGAGGCGCAAGCGGUUGCUUCUCUUCGCGAUCUUGGCAGCGACCAUCACCUAUCAAGCGGGACUCACGCCUCCAGGUGGCUUCCUGCUCAGGGAUGACCAGUUCGGGCACCGCGCAGGUGACCCGAUCCUCUUGCACAACUUCCCACGCCGCUACAAUGCCUUCUUCUACUGCAACACAGUGAGCUUCAUGUUGUCCAUCGCCCUCAUCCUCCUCCUGGUGAACCCCAAUUUGUACAGGCCAGCCGUACGAAGCAAUGCUCUAUCUGUUUGUGCGGCAGUGGGCUUGUUUGGUUUGCUAGCGGGCUAUGCAGCCGGAAGCACUCAGCACAUCAAGACCUCCAUCUACAUCUUCGUGUUAGUGGCCGUGGUCCUCCUUGUUGCCGCCAUUCUGCUGGCAGUAUUUUUGUGGACUGAGGUGCAGAGAAAUGGCAAUUCGGCAGGCGAGGUGGAGUUAAAUGACAACUCGGUAGCGCCAUCAGAGCCAGAGGGAAAUGGCAUAUCCCUGAGAGAGGGGGAAGAACAAAAGGAGGAAGAACACGAAAAGGAGACGAAGGAGGAGGAAAAACAAGAAAAGAAGGAGCACGCGGAGCGCAAGUAUGUAAUGCUACUAGGCAUCUUGGUGGCGAGCGUAACCUACCAGGCCGGCCUGAAGCCGCCCGGCGGAGCGUGGCAGAGCAGCGGCAACGGGUACGAAGCAGGCAACCCGGUGAUGCACGACAACAGGACGCCUCAGUACCUCACCUUCUUCUACAGCAACUCCAUUUCGUUUGUGGCAUCCAUCCUUGUCAUCAUCAUGCUGCUACGAUACUGGCUGAUAAAGAAGGAGUAUGAAGAUUGGUCGCUAAGGAUGAUGAAAAUCACUACCGUGGUGAAUUUUGGCGCUCUCCUGGUGGCCUAUACAGUCGGCUCCAGCAGGAGUUGGAAGACGUCUUUGCGUGUCGGUGCGUUGAGCGUUGCCUUGCAGGGCUACCUUGCAGUCAUUAUCUUGUGCUUGUCUUGUCAUCAUCAUCUUGAGAAGAAGCUGAGCAUGGCGAGCAACCAAGGAAAUCUUCCAGCGUGAUUCAUUAGCAUUGCGCUCUAUACGUAGCUCUACUAAUGUGAGUGAGGGCAGUCCACAAACUAAUUCAAAAUUCAGUUGGAUUGUUCAUCUGAGUUGUGAUCUAUAGUAUCUAUGUAUCUAUUUCUUCCAAGUAUGUAGUAAGCAAUUGCAACAAGUGGGGUCGAAUUGGUUCUUCACAAUUAGCAGUGUUUCUAGUCUAGCCGUGUCAAAUCAGGUCUGAAGAGUACCG